CCCGCGCCUCCGGGUCAACCCCUCCCUCCCAAUGGAACUCGCCCGGCCCUUCAUCGCCGCCGCGGGCCUGACCGACGUCGAGCCCGUGGCCCAGGGCCUCGAGUUCAACGUCUUCAAAGCGCGCUCGGCGGCCCACGGCCGAGUCGCCCUCCGCGUGCCCCAGCACCGUGUCUUCCGAAACGUAAACGACCCCAGCAAUGACGCCAAGGAGCUCAUCGAGCAGGAGCUCAAAAUCUACGAGCUCCUCCGCGGGGGGCCGGUGUCGGUGCCGACGCCGAUUGGGCUCCUCGAAGUGGACGACUACCCGGCGAUGCUGAGCGAGUACGUCGACGACGACGGCUCGCAGGCGCCGCCCGAGGAGCUCGGCCGGCUGGCCGCGCUCAUCCACGCGACGAGGAUGCCGCGCGACUGGGACGUCAAGCUGGUGGCCAUGGACGGCGGCACGGAUGCGCUCAGCGCGCUGGUCGAUAGGAUGGGGCGGCGCUUCGAGCAGCUCGCCCGAGAGGAGCCUGGCGCCAGACGAUGGAUCCCCGCGCGGAGCGACUUGGAGCCAGUCGCCGACGGCCUCAGGUCGCUGCCCAGUUGCCUGCUGCACAUGGACCUCCGCGACGUGAACCUGCGGGUGCGUGACGGGAAGGCAGCGGCGGUGCUGGACUGGACGAACGCGCUCAUCGGCCCGGCGGCGAUUGAUUACUUUCGCAUCUUGGAGCUCAGCCAGCCGGGGGACGCAUUCGUCGAGGCCUACUCCCGAGGGGCGGGUGCGACGCCGCGGGUCACGCCAAGGCAGGAGACGUUUCUGCGCCUGGACGCCGCCUUGAUGCUGGCACUGGUCUUCAUAUCUGAGGCGCCUGAUCCGGACAGGCGUGGGCCCAGUGUCAGGCGGGUGGAAGAGCUGGUCGCGCAGUUGAAGGAUCUGAAAGAGGAUUGACGAGACCACCUGGCUCCAGCUCUUCAGUCUUGGGGUAGAUAGACCACUAAUUGUCACUGACGGUGAGGAUGAUGGGCGAAACCUCCAUCCCUGAGCUAUUGCGCCACGCUCGUGUUGACCGGCUCGGGACGAUUCGAAAAGAGCACCUUGUACUUGAUAAUCUCCACCACCUCGAGGUCGUCGC